CACAGCAGCUCCAGUAUCUCCAGCAUCUUUCAGAUAAGAAUGUGAUGUGAACGGAACAUUUCUGUGGCUCCUUUGUUCCUCUGUCUUUCACCUGUCCUGCCCCUUUAAGAUUGGACAUUUCAAUCUAGGCGUGUUUCCUGCUGCCACUGACUGAGGAGCUGGAUCCUGCGGGAGAGAGAGAGAGAGAGAGAGAGAGAGAGGAGGAAAAACCUGCUCAUCAGACACAUUCACGUCUCUCUUUCACUCGGAUCGCGGUUAUUCCUGAUUAUUCCUGUUUAUUUUACAGCGUCCAGGUCAUAGUCUGAUCCCUGAGGAACGAGAACGAGCUGGAGCGAAGCGUCGUUUAUGAUUCAUUCAGAUAUGAUAUGAAUGUCAACCGGUCAAGGUCCGAUCCUCUGGAUUCACAGGCUCCUUCUUCUUCUCCUUCUUCUUCUUCUGCCUCAAACGUUUGGGUGAAUUUCUCCUAAUGAAUAAUCAAUAAUUAUACGUUGCUAAUAAUCCUGUUGAACCCGUGCGGACGGUGAGGGAGGACACAGAUUGUGUGAGCAGCGUGGGAGCUCCACACUGGGGAUGACAUGCUGCGGUAAAUGCCGGAAACUGGAAAUAAUAUGGAUUAGAAAACACUGAUGAUGUGACUGCGACACUUGAACAAUGCUUGUUGGUCCUGUGCAGAAAUCUGUCACAGCACUCAUUUAACAGCUGACGUUCACCCAGAGAUCCGAUCCGAGGAGAGGACACCAUGUCGGCGGUGAUGAUCACGCGAAAGGUGCGAAAAUGGGAGAAGCUCCCGGGGAAAAACACUUUCUGCUGCGACGGGCGGGUGAUGAUGGCCCGGCAGAAAGGAGUCUUCUACCUGACCCUGUUCCUCAUCAUCGGGACCUGCUCCCUCUUCUUCGCCUUCGAAUGUCCAUACCUGGCUCUGCAUCUGUCUCCCACCAUCCCAGUCUUCGCUGUCGUGCUCUUCCUCUUCGUCAUGGCCAUGUUGUUGAGGACCAGCUUCAGUGACCCCGGGGUUCUGCCACGGGCCCUCCCAGAGGAAGCCACAUUCAUCGAGAUGGAAAUUGAGGCUGCCAAUGGGAACGUCCCUGCGGGUCAGCGGCCUCCACCGCGGAUCCGCAACGUUCAGAUCAACAACCAGAUCGUCAAACUCAAGUAUUGUUACACCUGCAAGAUCUUCCGGCCACCUCGAGCGUCUCACUGCAGCAUCUGUGACAACUGUGUCGACCGUUUCGAUCACCACUGUCCAUGGGUGGGCAACUGUGUGGGCAAGAGGAACUACCGAUACUUCUACAUGUUCACCCUGUCGCUCUCUCUGCUCACCAUUUACAUCUUCACCUUCGACAUUGUCCACGUGGUCAUGCGCUCGGUGGAUAAUGGCUUUCUGAACACUUUGAAACAAACACCUGGAACUGUGCUGGAGGUGCUGGUGUGUUUCUUCACCCUGUGGUCAGUGGUGGGACUGACCGGCUUCCACACCUACCUGAUCUCCCUCAACCAGACCACCAACGAGGACAUUAAAGGGUCGUGGUCUGGAAAGAACAGAGUCCAGAACCCGUACAGCCACAAGAACAUCUUUAAAAACUGCUGUGAGGUGCUGUGUGGGCCGGCCUACCCGAGCGUCUUGGACAGAAGAGGACUGAUGCAGGAGGAUUCGCCUGUUUCUGCGACGUCUGCUGCACCGAACAGCAGCAGCAGCAGCAGCAGCCCGGAGCCACAAACCAUGCAUGCUGUCCUCUGCCUACAGAAAACCACGGCUCCGCUCAUCCCCAACGAGCACACACCUGACGACGCCAAGCCGAGCAUCGCUGCCUCAGCACAGAAGAGCCCCUCGCCCAAAGAGGAGCACCCUCCGGCGUCCAAGGCCCCGCCCCUGGCUUCUCCCGAGACCGACGUAGAGACGUCCAAGGACAAGACCCAUUAGCUGUAUGAGGGGGGCGGGCCCUGAUUGUGGCCACUCCCCCUCCCACAGCAACCUGCCUGGACAGGAAGAGGAACAUUAAUGAUCAAUGUCUGAUGACUGUGCGGGUGACUCAGUUAUUCUCCGGCUCCGGCCCCACAUCCAACCAGAAGGGUCUCUGCUGCGGCCCCUCCUCGCCCCUCCUCCUCAGCAGGAGCCACAGAGCUGAUUGACUGACUCCUGCAGGAGGUGGGGGGGGGGUGAUUUAAUGUUGAGUCAGCAGCUUCCUCUGACUCCUGAACACUGCAUGCAAAGGACUCGCAGGGGGAGACGCCUCUGGGAAACCUGCAAAAAAACCAGAAGACUCUUAAAGCGAAUGACUUCCCCCCCUAGUUCACCUGUGGGUUCCUCUGUCAGACUCCUUUCUUCUUUAUUUAAAGUUGCAUUAUGACAUUUAUUGUGAAAGGCCAGUUCAAUUAUACUCCUUGCAAGUGUCUGGCGAAGACGAAAAUACUUCUGGACAUGUAAACACCAAACAUACCGUCGGCUUUUGUUGUGUGCACAUUACAUGUCCUAUGCAAACCAUGAGGAGGCAGGACAGGCUACACCUGAAAGUGUGUGAGUGGACGAGACGUCCACGCAGGGGGAGGACGAGCCAGUCCUCAGCUGAGAUAGUCCUAAAGGCUCCUUCCAGGCAAAUCUAAAUCUACCUUUUAGUCCGAUAUUGCUGCAUCAGUACUGUUAUUACUUAUCUUUUUUUAAUGGGAUCUGAUCCAGGCCACCUCCUCUCCUUCCACUUUUUCUAUAACUGAGGAUGCAGCGUGACGCCGUUGCUCUGAACAAUGCGGCUGCUGUGUGCGCAGUGACAGUCUCGUAUCCAGGAGACGCUGAGUGAAAGGUCCGACCUCUGAUGAUCGUAGACACUUGUAGUAACAGUGCCUUAUCGCAACAGUUGCACCAUGAAAUGCAACGUAGGUCAACCAACAGAGACAAAGUCAUCCUGAUUCAGAAUGAGAAACGUACGCAGAUCAGUCGAGUGCUUCUCAACCAGGGGGUCCAAAGAUAAAUCUAAGAUCAUGAGAAGAUUAACAUAGUUUCAUAUAUUGGGGGAAACAUCUUUAUUUGAUGAUGGUAAAACAUCAGCAACAAACUGUUUGUUGUUUCAGUGGGACUCUAUCUCGACUUCCUGACAUUUUUACGUUUCAGUAUUUGCGCAAAUUAAACGAGAUGUAACGUGUGAAUCAGUGAGAGGAGCGGGCACUUAAAUGCAGAGUCGUAUCAAUCGUCCAACUCUCAGCAAAACAGUCAAUAAGAUUAUUUCUCCGAGGAUAAAAGACAAAUUUGUUUUCUUCCUGAAAGUAUUAGAAAGAUAAAAUCUAAUGAGGAAGAUAAAUCCCACAUGUGACCAGUAGAUAAUGUUGUUUGUGAGUCUUCACGGUUGAGAAUCACUGAUUUUACAGAAAAAAUAAAAACGCUUGAAUUAUAGAUUUAGCAGGAAAAAUGUUCUGGAAACGUCUCAGCUGUCGAGAGAAGACGACCGACAUCAUCAGGUUGGUUUUUUUUUGUACCUAUUUGAAGCUGAACUGUGGCCAAGUGUUAAUUAUUGUGCCUGCGAGCUCGAGCGCCUCCUCCUGCAAAUCACAUCAGAGCCGAUCUUCUCUCUCUCUCUCUCUCUCUUCCUGCCGUCUUCUGCCUUUUCAUACUCGUCUUCUCACAUCUGCGCUGUGACAGUAAACUCCUUCCACGGCAGCUGUCUGUGGCAGACGUGCACACACCCUUUCCUUUCACACAUCUGUGUUUUUCAGACGGAGCGCAGCCUUUGGUGCGAGAAUCGAGAAAUCGUUUCUGUUUCGCUCGAGGAGGAAAAUCCACUCACGGCAAACUGAGAGAAAGGGAAAUCUUAGUAUUUAAAUGAUUUUAGCAGAUAGCGAGAGUUUGUCUUAUAGUGAUUGUGUUUAUAUGCAAGACAGAGUUGGUGUUUGUGAAAUAUACCUGUGUAGAAAUUCUAGUGUGUCAACAGCGUCGUGUUGGACUCUGAAACCUGCCCAGGAUGAUUUAUUAUAAGAGCGACAGUCACAAGUCUUUAAUCCCCUGAAGAAUGAACUCCAGAAGUACGAGCGUGGCAGAUAGAUUUAAAGAAGAGGGGUUGAAGGCAGCUGUACAAUGAUUUUUCAUGGAGCCGUUUAAAGCUCAUGACUGAUAUUAGAUACUUGUGAAAUGAUUAUAGGCCUGAAAGUAACAUUUCUUUCAUUAGUAAUUGAUGAAAUGAUUGUUUAAUCCGUGUAAUGGUGAAAUAAUAGUGAAUGUCCAAACCCCGAAAGACAUUUUGUUAUGAGAAAAUAUGCAAAUACCCACAUUUGAGAAGCUGGAACUAAAUUUUGUCAAAUGUUUUGUUGAAAAAAUGAUAAAUAAUUGCUCAUUAGAAUAUUUGUUGAUUCAUUUUCUGUUAAUAAUCAACUCACUCUUUCAGCUCUCGAUUAUUCCUUUAUUUAUUUUUUCUCUUCAGAGGUAAAGGGACGUGACCACUGGAAGAUGCUGUAACGUGUGUGGCAGUAUUGUUUCUGUGAAGUAAAGAAAUGUAAUUACUGAAUAUUGUUUCCUCCAAAAAUCGAAAAGAGCACUUUGGUAGAUUUUCUGUUGAAGGUGUUUGACAGUUUGUAUCCGAUGGCUUUGUGCUGCUGUCACCGAGAACAAGAAUGUAUGUGACUGAUAAUAGAAGGGAGGUUUGUGUAGAAGCAGAUUUUAAAGGGAAAGUUGAACUUGUUUUAUUUUUAGCUCUGAAGGUUUGCAGACUGACGAGCGGAGCUGGCGUACACGUGACUCCUGUGUUGAAGUGACGGGAUCAGACCUGAGCGCUCUGGUCGAUGUGUUGCAUCACAUCAUGUAAACAGAUAAAGAACUAUACCAUUGAUGAAGCUCUUAUUUAUGUUCACUUUUAGUAUCAACACUGUGAUUCUACGUGUUUCAUUUAAUUUACUUCACUUCUUUUUACAUGAUCAAUGUGUCUGGUAA